CCUUCAAUUACUGGUACAAAUAAUAUUCCGCUGGGAAGACGAAGAAUAGGCGGAUCUAUGGAUGAAUAUGAAGAUUCUGCUGAACAAGCUAAAGAAUCAAGCAGUACAGGAAACUCUCUGAAAAGAUCUAAUGAAGAAAACGGGGAACAAACAGUCAACAUUCCAGGUUUACCAACUGCCAUUACUUCUAAUAUGUCAAAGGAGCAAUUAGAUACAUACCUGCAAGAAAUCGGAAGAAAAUUGAGAACCGGCGAUUAUGUUCCACCUGAGAGAGAAAGAUCACCAUCUCCGGAACCAGUCUAUGACUCUCAAGGGAAACGUGUAAAUACCCGUGAAUACCGUUAUCGAAAGAAAUUAGAAGAUGAACGUCAUAAAUUAAUUGAAGAAGCUGUUAAAAGAAAUCCAGAUUAUAAACCUCCAGCAGAUUAUAAACGACCAACUAAAGUACAAGACAAAGUCUAUAUUCCUGCUAAAGAAUUUCCUGAAAUUAAUUUCAUCGGUUUGUUGAUCGGCCCUCGCGGCAAUACACUCAAAAAAAUGGAAUCUGAAUCCGGUGCAAAAAUUAGUAUUCGUGGUAGAGGAAGCGUGAAAGAAGGAAAAAGUAGAACUGAUGCUGCUGCAAAUGCUAACCAAGAAGAAGAUUUACAUUGUCUGGUUACAGCUGAUGCCGAAGAAAAAGUUGCCAAAGCAUCUGCAUCUGUACCAGAAGGUCAGAAUGAACUUAAACGACAACAAUUACGCGAGCUAGCAGCUCUCAAUGGUACUCUCCGCGAUGACGAAAAUCAAAUUUGUACAAACUGUGGUGCUACAGGCCAUCGAAAAUACGAAUGUACCGAGUCACAAAAUUUCACUAUUAAUCUUACAUGCCGCAUCUGUAGUGGUCAUGGUCAUACAGCAAGAGAUUGCAUGGAAAGAAAUAAUCCAGAAGCUUUACAACAAGCUAAGCAAAGAGAUCAAAAAUUAGAUAGUGAAUAUAUGAAUUUAAUGGCUGAACUUGGUGAGAAUGUUGAUGCGUCGAGAACUAAUGAACUUGGUGUGAAAACUGGGCAUUAUGGUCCUUCAAGUGGACCAAAGCCUCCGUGGGCUGCACAAUCUGCAGCUGCUCCUCCAUGGGCAGUAAAGCCUAACGUUACUGGUAUUCAAACGGCGGCAUCUGGUUUGCCACCUUGGCAACAACCCGUAUCUGCAACCGCAAUUCCACCACCGCCUGGUAUAUAUAGAUUAUCAUCCACUACGACAGCAUGGAAUACCGCCAAAUUAACCUAUCCGCCUCCACCCGGAUCUUCUCUUUAUCCUACCGCUCCUGCAUCAAGUUCUUUAUAUCCGCCGCCUCCUACUACCUUAAAUUACACUUACUCUACUUAUGGUAACACUGCUGGUUAUUCUGCUUAUGGUACAACUUAUUCAGCAGCUGCGGCGGCUGGAUAUCCACCGCCCCCGCCUUCUGCGCACUGGACUUUAAAAGUGUUGUAA